CUCUGACGUGCUCUCUCGGUCGCGCGCUCUGACGUGUGAGAUUUAAAAGUUCAAAGGUCCCUCAAGCUUUUUGUCCGAGUGCUUUGCAGAGCAGGAGCUAAAGGGUUUGACUGUGUAGCUCCCUGCGGCUGUUAGAAUGGAAAAGAUCAACGACUCUCUCUGCAGAUAUAAAGGCCAUGUUUUUAUCACUGACAUACUGAAAGUCGAGCACAUCGACUCCCUUCCGAACUUCGAGAUACAAGACAGUGACGUUUUUCUGGUGACCUUCCCAAAAUCAGGAACGAUAUGGAUGCAGAACAUAAUAAUUCUGAUCUGUGAGUCAGACAGCACAGACAAAGCUGAAUUUCGCAACAACUUGGAGAAAAUGCCAUGGCUGGAGUAUCAAGGACGCUUCGAUUAUUGCUCUCGAGCUUCUCCACGCUUCUUCACCUCGCACCUCACGCCCGCGCUCAUGCCAACCGGACUCAUGGGCAAAAAGGCAAAGAUCGUUUACGUGGCCAGAAACCCAAAAGAUGUUGCAGUGUCAUUCUUCCACUUCUCCCAUGCGUUAAAGAAGGUUGGGAGCCCCAGUAACUUUGAAGAGUUUCUGCAGGAGUUCCUCGCUGGAGACGUUUAUGGAGCGCUAUGGUUUGAUCACAUCCAAGAGUGGCACACGCACAGAGAUGAGUACAACAUCCUAUUCCUGACUUAUGAGGACAUGAUCAUGGAUCUGAGGUCAGCAGUGGAGAAGAUUUCCCACUUUUUGGGACGAGAUCUGGACGAAGCUGCGAUCUCUCGUGUUGUGGAGAAAGCCACCUUUAAAAAUAUGAAGGAGGACCCCAAAGCCAACUAUGAGUUCCUUCCUACUGAGACUGUACAGGGCAAAUUCAUGCGCAAAGGUAAAGUUGGAGACUGGAAAAACACCUUCACUGUGGCCCAGAACGAGAUGUUUGAUCAUAUCUAUCAGGAAAAAAUGAAGGAUCUUCCAUUCAAGUUCAUAUGGGAAAUAAAUUAAAGUCCAUUAUUAUGAAAACCAAAUAAAGUAAUGAAUGCACUGCACUAUACUGUGCCUUCAUUAUGCUACACAAUGAA